CAUUAUUUUAUAUAAACAAGCCACAAUGUCAGUGUUAUAAAAGUAUUAGCUUUGGUCGAUUUUUGCAUUAGUUUAGAAAUGUUCAGCAAAGACGCAACUGCUCUAGUGGCAUUACUUUUAGUAAUUUUCAUUAGACCAUCCAAAGCAUGUAACGGUUACACGCUCAAAGUCAAUCGCGUGAAAAACUGCAUAGAAAACAGUGUAAUCAAAGUUGAAAAUGGCGACGCAUCUUUAGAUAAAGAUUGCAAUUUAAUCUUGAAGGGGUGUCUGAAUUUCCCCAAAGGUUUUAAGACGGCAAAAGGAAAAUAUGUCCUGAAAAAAGCGCCUAUGCCCCCCAUGGACGGUGAACUAGACUUUUGUGAUGCUGUUAGUGGACUGGACGACCCACAAAUAGUAAAUGUGGCCAAAAUGUAUAACAUGCCGUCCAAAUGCCCGAUACCUCCAGGAAAAGCAUGCGGUGACCCUAACAAAAAAAUAAGCAUAAGUAAAUUUAAAAAUCAGUUGGGUAUUGCCGCUGGGACGAUUGAUCUAAAGCUUGACGUUGACCACGAUACUGGCAAGACUUGCAUUGACAUAAACCUCACCCUUUCAAAAGCUAGAGCUAGAGGAUAAGGUCUACUUUGAAUACGUGUAAAACUUCGCAAUUUCUAAUAAAAUUUGCUUAAGAACUUUA